AUUCAAAAUUGAAAGAAAUUCAAGUAAUUAAGUUCAUUUCAAUUCUAUUUGUUUACUCUCCUUCAAAAACUAAGUUUGUAUUGAUGAUGCAGACAUCAGUAGUUCAAGGGAAAGCAGAAUUGUCACAGAGCAACCAAGAAGAUUUGCAAAGUUCUAAUAGAGAUAUUGAAAAUUCAGAUAAAAAUAUUAAACAAUUAAUGGAUAUGGUAGCAUCAAUGGAAACAGAAUUAUCAAAUCUAAAGAGUUCAUUAGAUAGUGCACAAUCUGAACUGGAUAAUGAACGAAAUAUAUUGUCUGCCUUUGAUGAGGAGAUCAAAGAACUUCAAACUGCUAUAAAAACGAAAACAGCCCAAACGACUGAAGUGCAAUUAGAAAUAUCUAGGAUUAACCACGAAUUAGAAAGGUUCCUUAAAGAGAAACAAACAGCGCAACAGGCAAUUCUCCAGAUGGAACAGAAUUAUGAUUGGAUCAUACAGCAAAAACAGUUGACAUAUGAUUUUGUUAAUAAUAACCCAAGUGAAUGCAAAAAGAUGUUACGACAAUUAGAAGAGAAACACAACAAUAUGCGUAAAAAAAUAAAUGCUAAAGCUUCCCUAAAUCAAAUGUUGGCAACUGUGUUGAAAGAUAAGAAAAAAAUUGAAGAUACGAUAGUAUCCUUGGAUGAUUAUAAAAAAGAUGCAUUGCAAAGAACUUGGGAGAAGGUAAAUGGAGAUUUUGGAGCAAUUUUUGCAGACUUAUUACCGAAUAGUUUUGCAAAACUUGAACCUCUCGAAGGUCAAGAUUUGACUCAUGGUUUAGAAGUUAAAGUACAACUUGGUGGAGUAUGGAAGCAAAGUUUAUCGGAAUUGAGUGGUGGUCAAAGGUCACUUAUUGCAUUAUCACUGAUUUUAUCAUUGCUUCAGUUUAAACCUGCGCCAAUGUAUAUUUUGGAUGAAGUGGAUGCAGCACUAGAUCUUUCUCAUACUCAAAAUAUUGGACAAUUACUUCGAACUCGAUUUAAAGGUUCACAAUUUAUAGUUGUUUCACUUAAAGAUGGAAUGUUUAAUAAUGCGAAUGUUUUGUUUCGCACACGAUUUCACGAUGGUACUUCAGUUGUUGAG